ACUUAGUCAUUUGGGAUUCAGCCUUAUGUUUAUAACCAAACUCCUCUGAACUGGAUUGAAUUCGGUUUGUUUUUUGUGACACAAAUGGGAGGUUUCAUACAGUGCUAUGAUCUUAAAUCCAGUGUUCUGGUGCAGCAAGUCGCCAUCACUGACCCUGAGCGCGCAGAGGAGAAACACUGACACUUACACAUCCAUGUCAGGACUCCAUACUGCUUUAAAGUCACCGUGGAAACCCUGUCCUCCAGCCCGAAUCUGUUAACCAUGAGCGGAGAGACACACCGCCGUCGUUUCCGCUUGUAACCCGCUCAGUUUCCGUCAUGAGCUCGGACAUGGAGGCAGAGAGCUGGGCUGAGUGCAUGGAUGUGGCCGUGAAGACAGCGCUCAGAGCCGGCCAGAUGGUCCGGGUGUCCAUGAUGCAAGAGAAGCGUGUGAGCAGUAAAAGCACUCCGACAGACCUGGUGACAGAGGCUGACCAGCAAGUGGAGGAGCUGAUCAUCUCCACGCUCAGGGAGCACUUUCCCUCACACAGGUUCAUUGGAGAGGAGUCAUCUGCUGCAGGAGAGAAGUGUAUUCUCACAGAUAACCCUACAUGGAUAAUAGAUCCUAUUGAUGGCACUUGUAACUUUGUUCACAGUUUUCCCAUGGUUGCAGUAAGCAUUGGCUUUGCAGUAAAGAAACAGCUGGAGUUUGGUGUCAUAUACCACUGUUUGGAUGGAACGUUAUACACUGGAAGGAGAAGUCACGGGGCAUUUUGCAAUGGAGUCCGACUCCGCGUUUCAAAGGAGAAAGAUGUUUCCAAAGCCCUAAUUCUAACAGAGAUUGGGGCAAAGAGAGAACCUCACACACUGGAUAUCUUUUUGGGGAACAUGAAGCAGUUGCUGAGUGCACCAGUCCAUGGAGUAAGGAUCAUAGGCAGCUCAACUCUAGCACUGUGUCAGGUUGCGACCGGAGCAGCUGAGGCGUACUACCAGUAUGGUCUACACUGCUGGGACAUCGCUGCAGCAGCGAUUAUCAUCACUGAAGCAGGCGGCUGUGUGAUCGACACCACAGGGGGUCCUCUUGAUCUCAUGUCUCGCCGUGUUGUAGCUGCUGGCUCCCAGGAGAUAGCAGAUUACAUCGUCCAGCGGCUCAAGCCAAUCAACUACGGACGUGAUGACGAUGACCCUUGACCCAGUGACCGGCCUUGAGCCCUUCAUCAGCAAAUCUCAGCCUUUUACCUCAAAUCCCUACAAUCCUGCCAUUUUAUCUGCAGUGUCCUUUAUGCAAUGCCCUUUUUUUAUAGAGUUCAUGAUUUUUUUCCCCGUAUCUCCACCGGAGGACUAAAGUAAUGCCUUAUAUUGCAGUUCCUGAGGAAAUAUAUGAGUGAACAAACUGAAUCUAAAAACUUACCGCACUGCAUGUUCCUGAGCAUUAGAAACAAUAACCAUUAUAUAAUAACACUAAAUUAGCAUAACGUAAACAUAUAAAAACGAUCAUCAUUGUGUUUAUUUAUUAACACCAGUGUGAACAGCUUUGCUUAUAUAAUUUACUGCGUGUUGUCGCUUGCAUGGGCAACGAAGUUCAUUGUAUUCCUACAGCUUCAGAUGUUAGGUUUGGGAUGGACAGUUUGUCACACAGUACAUGCUGUUCUGUAGCAAACGAAAAAGCAUUCAACGUAAGGAAUUGACGUUUCCUGCUGUGGGUCCAGUAUUUUAUUAUAGUGAAUAAUGCACAAGAAUAAUCUCAGUGUAGCUCCCAUAAAGCCUUCACCUUGUGGCAGGAAUAUGAAGUGGAUUAUUCUUUAUACCAUAAAGCCACAGCACCUGUGGAUAAAUAGAUGCUGUGGAUAGAACGUUCAGGAGUAAUUUCACUUGGAUUAAAUGAUUCAACCAAAAAGAACAUUCAGGAAAUUAUCACUAUGCCUACACACUAAAAUGCUUAUUUCUUUGAAAGUGCAUUAAGAGUGUACUAUAGUCACUGUAACAGCUUGCAAUGAUUACUAUGCUGUCAUUUUUUUAGUAACCCAUCACUACAUGCAGACUCCAUAUGUACUACCCUGCCCCUACCCCAGCUCAUUCAGGCAGGAAUUUGAAUUAUCCACUCAGCCAAUCACAGCGCAAUGCACAAACUAAUGCAGUCAAGGGCCUCAGUUAUUGUUCACAUCAGAAUGAAGAAAAAAUGCGUUUUUGGUUACUUUCAACUAAAGCGUGGUUGUUGGUGCCAGACAGGUUGGUUUGAGUAUUUCAGAAAUUGCUGAUCUGAGAUAAAGGACAUUUGAGUAGACCAGGGGUGUCCAGUCUUAUCCGGAAAGGGCCGGUGUGGGUUUUCAUUCCAAUCAAGCAGGAACCACACCUAAUUAGUUGAUCUUGGCUUUCAAUAGACUAUAAGGUGUGGCUUCUGCUUGGUUGGAAUGAACAUCUGCACCCACACCGGCCCUUAGUGGACUACACCCCUGGUGUAUACUGUCUUCAUGAACUGUAAUUAAGGUUUUAGUCUGAGUUUGAGUGGCCAGUGUGUUUGGCUUUUAAAUGUAGGGGAUUCCCAAAGCUAAUCUGCUGUUUUAAUAUUCAUGGUUUACCUUUUUAUGUAUUUUAUAAUAGGCUACUACACAAACAACAAUUUGUGCCCUUUAAGGGCAGUACCUCUGUGUGUGUUAGAAGAAUAUUUCCUUCAGAUCCCAUCUCUUGUUGUGAACUGAAAACUAAUGUACACAUAGUACUCCUCUUUUAUUGCCUAAAAGUUAGCACCUGUAUGAAUUUUUUGGCGGUCAUGCAGUCAAUAUCCACUGUGUGUUUCAAUUAAAUUAUAAAUAAAGUUUGAAGACAUGAUGACUAA